GAGUACACGUAGAUCAGAACUUUGAUUUUCUGCAAUCUGAACCAAAGAAAUUCAAGAGUGGUAAUGAUGGAUAUCCAUGUAAUGAUUAUGAGUACGUAGCUUCAAGAGCUAAUCAUUUAAAGAGACAUGUUGAAAAUAAGCACAUAAGAAUAAGAUAUGCUUGUGAGUAUAUUUCAACAAAAGCAGAUCAUUUGAAGGUUCAUGUUGAAAAUAAACACGAAGGAGUAAGAUAUUCUUGUUCUCAAUGUAAAUAUGCCGCGACUACAGCAAGUAACCUGAAAAUUCAUGUUGAAAAUAAACAUGAAGGAGUAAGAUAUCCUUGUUCUCAAUGUAAGUAUGCCGCGACUACAGCAAGUAGCCUGAAGAUUCAUGUUGAAAGUAAACACGAAGGAGUGAGAUAUAUAUGUGCUCAAUGUGAACAUGCCGCUUAUUCAGCAAGGGAUCUGAAGAGACAUGUUGAAAAUAAACAUAAAGGAGUAAGAUAUCCUUGCUCUCAAUGUGAGUAUGCCGCAACUACAGCAAGUAGCCUGAAGAUUCAUGUUGAAAAAAAACAUGAAGGAGUGAGAUAUUCUUGUUCUCAAUGUGAGUAUGUUGCAACUCAACAAAAUGUCCUGAAAAUUCAUGUUGAAAAUAAACAUGAAGGAGUAAGAUAUCCUUGCUCUCAAUGUGAGUAUGCCGCAACUACAGCAAGUUACCUGAGGAGACAUGUGGAAAGUAAACAUGAAGGAGUAAGAUAUUCUUGUCCUGAAUGUAAUUAUGCUGCAACUCAGAAAGGAGCUCUGAAAAAACAUUUUAAAAAUAAACAUAAUUGAGUUUAGAUAUGUCUAUUCUGAUAAUGCUGCCAAGGAAUUGCAUACAAAUUUACCAUAACUGGGGGCUAUCAAACUUUAAUUUUUUUUUUGGUUUUGAAUUUGUGGAAACUUAUGUCACAUAAUUAAAAUUUUCUAAUCUUAAU